GCUCUCAGCCAGUGUGGGUAGGCCUACUGUAGGAGGGCACUGAUGAUGAUGAUGAUGAUGCUCUGUGGUGCUGAAGGCUAUAAUAUCCGAGAAUUGAAAUCAUCAUCACCAUCAUCUGAACUACAGGAAAACUGCUUCACGAACCUCUUCCGCACAAGCUCCUCCUUUUAACCCCCCUGUCUCAAACUUGAAGAUUGGCGGUGCCAGCUUAGCAGCAGCAGCAGCAGCAGCAGCAGCAGCAGCGUCUCGUUUUCUUCUUGUGAACCGGUGACUAAUUAAAAAAAGAAAAUGCGGGUAACAUUUAGUUUCGGACACACCUGCGGCCCCCUUCCCAAGCCGAUUGUUGAAUAUCUGCUUUUAUCAAUGGUCCUGUAAUGGUCGUCAAUAAUACUCCGAAAACAAGAGUAGCAACACCUCUGGACAAACACAUGGACUCGCUGGAACAUCCGAUGUUACAAUCUCAAGGCAAAGGAGCUCGAAGAAAAGGUCGUUUUAAAGGUUCAGAUGGCAGCACCUCUUCCGACACCACAACCAACAGCCUUGUUCGCCAGGUUUACAGGGCAGAUGAUGACCUAUGGCUGAGCGCGGCGUGCCCCCGGCCAUCACCCUUGAUCCCACUCUGACCUGCCCACACAACAGGCUGUGGGGCUGAAAUCUGCUGAGGAGGGGGCUCCUCUCUCCACGUUACCGGCCUGCUCUCGUUGCCAUGAUCAAACAAACCAAGAAUAAAAAUGUCUCCUGGGUAAGUGAGGGUUCGGCCGACUCCUACACCAGCCGUCCAUCAGACUCCGAUGUGUCCCUUGAGGAGGAUAAGGAGGCAGUGCGCAGAGAGGCUGAGCGACAGGCUCAGGCACAGCUCGACAAGGCCAAGACCAAACCAGUUGCAUUUGCUGUUCGCACAAAUGUCAACUACAGCCCGUGUCACGAUGAUGAUGUCCCCGUGCCAGGCAUGGCCAUCUCCUUUGAGGCUAAAGACUUCCUCCAUGUCAAAGAGAAAUUCAACAACGACUGGUGGAUAGGACGCCUGGUGAAGGAAGGCUGUGAAAUCGGGUUCAUCCCCAGUCCAGUGAAGCUUGAAAACACUCGUAUCCUCCAGGAGCAGAGAGCCAAACAGGGAAAGUUCCACUCCAGUAAAUUGGGAGCCAACUCAUCUUCUAGUUUAGGUGAAGUGGUUCCUAACUCACGGAAAUCUACUCCUCCUUCGUCUGCCAUUGACAUAGACGCCACAGACUUAGACCCCGAGGACAAUGAGCUUCCAGUCAACCUGCGCUCCUCUAAAGCCAGUCCAAACACUGUCAUGUCACCCCUAGCAAAAGAGAAACGAAUGCCUUUCUUUAAGAAGGCGGAACACAUUCCUCCGUACGACGUUGUGCCUUCCAUGCGGCCCGUGGUUCUGGUUGGACCGUCACUGAAGGGCUACGAGGUGACAGACAUGAUGCAAAAAGCACUGUUUGACUUUUUGAAACACAGAUUCGAAGGAAGAAUAUCAAUCACACGCGUCACCGCGGACAUCUCUCUGGCCAAACGCUCAGUCCUGAACAAUCCCAGCAAGCACGCCAUCAUCGAACGCUCCAACACACGAUCAAACUUGGCUGAAGUCCAGAGUGAGAUUGAGCGGAUUUUCGAACUGGCCCGGACGUUACAACUGGUAGUUCUGGACGCCGACACCAUCAACCACCCGUCACAGCUGGGGAAGACUUCCCUCGCCCCCAUCAUUGUCUACGUCAAGAUCACCUCUCCAAAGGUGCUGCAGAGGCUCAUCAAGUCCAGAGGCAAGUCUCAGGCCAAACACCUCAAUGUCCAGAUGGUGGCUGCUGACAAGCUGGCUCAGUGCCCUCCUGAGAUGUUUGACAUCAUACUUGAUGAGAACCAGCUGGAGGACGCUUGUGAGCAUAUGGCUGAUUACCUGGAGGCCUACUGGAAAAGCACUCACCCCACCAGCUGCAACCCACCCAACACACUGCUAACGAAGCUGCCCACAGCCACCCUGCCCUCCAGCCCAGCCCCGGUCUCCGGCGUGCAGGGCAGCAGUGCAGAGCAGAAAGGAGAGAAAGCAUUAGUGGAGAGAAAGGGCUCCAGAGAGGAUCACCAGCACCAUCAUCACCAUCACCACCACCACCAGAGCCAGGACCAAGCUGAUGCUGAUGCGGAGGCUGAGGGGGAUGGGCUUGAGGAGGAGAGACCUCUGAGGACAGAGGCCUCCAGGAGAGUCCAACACAUCCACCACCGUUCGUCUUCCACCCGGACUGAGCAACACAACCACCAUCACCACCACAGCAGCAGUCGAGGCCGGGGCCUCUCCCGGCAGGAGACUUUGGACUCGGAAACCCCCGAGAGCAGAGAGAGCCGAGAGAGCAAGGACUCUGCUUAUAUCGAGCCGCGCACUCAGCUCCUCCACCAGGAAGAGGAGGAUGAGGAGGAGGAGGACGAGGAGGAGGAGGAGGACGAGGAGGAGGAUCUAGGGGAGGGGCACCCCCAGCAGCAACAGCGUUAUGAGCCACUGCCCCACCGGGACCACAACCACCAUCACCACCACCACCAUCACCGCAGUGGGGCGGAUGAAGCCGGCCACAGCACGGGACACCACCGCUCAAAGGAGCGUGAACAGGACCAUAACGAACGGAACAAGCAGCGCUUGCACCACCACCGGCCGGCACGUGACCACCACCACCACUACUACGACCGGGACAGAGACAGGGACCGAGAAGGGGAGGUGGCUCCUAAAAAGAGGGGUGACGCAGGAGAAUGGGCCAGAGACUCCUACAUCCACCAGUGACGGACCAAAGCCCCCCUAAAGCUCAUUUGGAACUCCCAACCGUUCUGUUCUCCCAUUGUGCUGCUAUACCCUGAAACCACAGCAUCCUAUUUAUGUACACUUCCUUUGUAAAUGCUGUUGCAUCUUUUUAAAUGGCAGGAUUUUGAUUACAUAGAUACAAAUAUAAAUAUAUAAAUAUAUGUAUGUGUGUAUCUAUGCAUAGACGUUGUUUAUGUGUGGAUAUGCAUGAAUAUUCUCAAAUAUGCAUAUUUUAAACUUGUGUUUGAUAAAGCAUGACACAAAAGCAGAAUUUUUAUUCUGUACUGAGCUGUGCUUUCUGUGAUUAGCAUUUUUAUUUUUUAUUGUUUUUAUUACUUUUUCAUUUCUUGCUACCACUUGAAUCAUUUGUUCCAUCAGACUACUGCUAGGGUUGACUGCAACGGUUGACUAACCAAGGUAUUUUGAUGCUGUAUUUGCAGGUCUUUUGUUUUAAAAGAAUAGUUUGUCAAUUUGAGAAAUAAGCUUCUUUGCUUAUUAUUGCUCAGUUACCAGUUUAUUAGGUACACCUAGCUAACACAAAUGCAGUUUAAUACAGCAGUCCUGCAAUAAAGCCUACCAUUCUGUUUUAUAAAACUUAAUCAUCAUCUUGGAGGCUGCAGUUUGUGGUGCUGUUGGAUUGUAUUAUGUAUUGUUCUACUGGCAGGCGUUACUAUUAUUUUGUCUACUCCAUUUAUAUCUGAGGGUAGUCUAAAUAACCGGAACAGGACUGUUGUAUUGGACUGCAUUAGGUUUAGCUACCUAAUUAACUGCCAACUGAGUCUAGAUGAGAAGAUUAAUAACUUAUAUGUGAGGUAAAUAUGAAGCUGCAGCCGGUUAGCUUAGCUGGAAACAGGGACACAUGAAGGUAAAAAAAAUCUAAAUUAAUAUCUAAUUAACACUUUAUAUCUCAUUUAUUUAGUUGGUUUUUUUUUACAAAAAUUGAGGUCUAAAAAAAGUUGUGGUUUUACGGCAGGGCAUAAUUUACUGUGAGCUAACCGGCUGCUAACGCUAGCUGCAGGUUCAGAUAUGAAAGUGGUAUACAUUUUCUUAUCUAACUCUCAACAAGAAAGCUAGUAAGCAUAUUUCCCAAAGUGUCGGACUACUCCUAAAUUUUAUGUUCAUCAUUUAUUGCUUAGUUCCUGUUUUAAAUUUUGCGUCUAUGAUUUUGGGCAUUCGGUUUUAACAUAUUUAAGCCUCCCUCGAGGUGCACCUUAGUCUUGCCUUACAAGACGAACUAGUUCCACAAUAACUUCCUCUCUUACAUGCAAUACUGUUCUCUUUGUAUGGGUCCAGAAACAUUUUAUAACAUUGAUACACCCUUGAUUCUGCACUUUUACUGAUUCACAUUGGUUUCAAGUGAAAUUUGAUAUGACAUUGCAACUUUACUGUCGGUCUACCGAAACGCCAUCAUGGUUCAUCUUUUUUUAAGUCUGACACCCUUUUUCUAAUGAAUGUUGUUUAAUUCCCACUUUAACUCCAGAAUAUAAAGGGUAUUCAUUUUAGGGAUAUCUUCUUCAAUACGUUCCUCACAACAAAAAUUAAAAGAUGCAUUUGCAACUCAAACUAUUUAAAAAUGUUUACCAGACAAAGAUGGUUUUGUCUUUUGCCAUUCAUUCACUCCCCUGACUAACAGGAUCCAUUUUAAGAGUCAAUGACGUUGGAUCAUAUUUAAACUUUUCAUGUAUUAAUUCAAAAUUAAAUUGAGCUCACUCGUGCCCCUCUGUUUACAAACC